AUGUCUGGCAUUAACGUCUGUAGUGAUUUGAUGGUUGAUAUCUUUGAAAGACUACCAUCCAAAUCCAUCAUCCGAUUCAGAUCAAUCUCCAAAUACUGGCAUUCUCGCCUUGCUACCCCAGAAUUCAUCCGCAAUUACCGCCUUCGAUGCUCUAAAAACCCUCCGAAACUCCUCAUCAGAUCCAGAUGUGUAAUUUCCGGUGGAAAGUAUGACUACAAAGACAUCUAUACAUUACACUCGGGAGACCAGUUCGACCAGUUGCCGUUGCAUAUUCCAGGAAACAGGUACCUCAGCAUACCGAAAGUUGAGUUCCCUUGUUCACUUAUGACUAUGUUGUCACGGAAUCGAGUUUCGGUUGUUGGUUCUUGUAAUGGAAUUCUGUGUCUGCGUGAUGAUGAUGAUGAUAAUAUUAGUCUAUGGAACUUGUCGAUCUGGCGCAGGGUAAGGGUGCCAAGUCCUCCUUUUAUAAGUCCUCUUAAAUCUAGCAUGGCAGUAGGGUUUGGUUUCGAUCCAAUCACUGAUGAUUACAAGAUUGUGGCUAUAGAUUUUGAGGAACAUAAAACAUUUGUUUACUUCUUGAAAACUGAGUAUUGGAGUGAAGUCCCUUCCCCAUCUUAUAGGUUAUUAUAUAUGUCGAUUUCAAAGCCAUAUUUUUUCAACGGAAUUUUGCAUUGGGUGGUAGUCCCCGAGGAUCCCCACCCAAGUCGAUUCAUAUUGACAUUCAAUGUGAGUAGUCAUGUUUUUGGCCGCAUUUUGUUUCCGGAGCAUUGGAUAGUCAGACAGUUAACAACCAUAAAUGGUUGUCUAGCGCUAGUUUCUUCGGAAGAUGGUGAUUCUUGGAAGAUUCGGGUUAUGGGAGAGUAUGGUAAAACAGAAUCUUGGUCUCUGCUUUUUGAACUGAAAAGAGAUGCAUUUCAUUGGUCCGCAACCUUCCAACGCAUCACUAAUGGUGAUUUACUGGCAUGCUAUAAAGGCACAAAUAGUGACUUACUGGUACUCUAUGGAGGGUCAAAGGAGGUUUAUAAUCCUCAAACAAGGUUGCUUACAAAACUUUUCGAAUAUAGGCCUAAUUGUUACAAACUUGAGAUGGAUACCUAUGUUGAAAGCCUUGAAUUGGUAGACAAAGAAAGCGCGACAACUUGUGGGCAAACCGGAUGGGCGUGUUAUGAUUGCUAA